CCUUCACUUUCGCUUUCACACUUUUCGGCUCGAAAAAGUAAAAGUGCGCAGUGUCCUUUGGCAGCCCUGGCAUUCCGCACUCCUUCCGCUCCGGGAUUCAGUCAGGACUCAGUUGCUGUCGGGAGCAGACGUGCGAAAAUCGGGGAAAACAGCGCCUCGAAAACAAUCUGAACUCAUUCAUCAAACAUAAACGUCCCAGUUCCCCACCUUCCAUUUCUAAUAUCCCUCCUCUGCAAGUCCAAGUAAUUUUAAAGUUCCAAUACAAAUAAGCAAAGCUAACUAAAAUAGAAAGGCAACCCACCCACAAACAAACAAAUAAAUAAACCACCCACCCAACCACCACCACCCAAAAGUGAAACCCACCCACCCAGCAAACAAAAAGGAAUCACCUUGAAAACGGCGGAGGGUGAAAAUAAAUUGGAAACCAUUGGGCAGGAGGAGCACGGCCGGAAAGUGGGCCACCAAAUCAACAAGUCGUAAAUUAGCUGUGAAUUAGGUUCCCACUCCUGGAAUCUCCACCUGGCAGGGGAUCCACUCCUCCAGGAAAAUGGCGCGGCGCAAGGACAAACCGCGGGUGAUUCCCGAGCAGGAUUCGCGCAUCUGUCGCGCCAUCUGCCUGUGCCAGCUGACCAUGGUGCUGUCCUGCGUGUCCAUCGUCUACCUGAGCGUGGCCAUCUACUCGCCCUCUUUGAAGGCCUUCAAGUCGGGCUUCGAACUCGAUCCGGUCAUGUGCCAGACGGUGGACCGCCAGAUGCCCAACAACUGCCCCUGGGCCUCCUGCGGCGAGUGGUGCCUGACCAAGACCAGUGGCUUCUGUCCCCAGAUCCACUCCAUAGUGCGGCGCAAUGGCACGGACAUUCAGCUGAACAACUGCACGCGGGUGACGAACACAUCCUGCGCCAUGAUUGACCUGAGUCGCCUGAACAAGUUCAAUUGCAACAACGGCACCGCCUGCAAUAACAUCAGAGGAGUCUUCAACUGCUCCAAUGGACACUGCAAGAAUAUGUCCGAGUUCUUCCUGUGCCAUCACAAGGCCGAUGGCCAUAUUAUCAACUCGCAGAAGGAUAACACUAAGUUGAAUGGAUUUUUCGAGUGUCACGGAGUGCACUGCACCAAGAUUAAGAAGCCCUUCAGCUGCGAUCGCUAUUGCUCGAAGAUAACGACUGCAAAUGUUAACACUCUCAUUAUGCAUGAAGACAAUCUCAUCACAGCCGAUUGCGAGACCGCAGUGGCUUUCAACCAGGCCCGAGGAUCCGAGCAUGGCGUCCGCAUCGAACCCUUUGAAUUCUGGAAAGAGGACGAUGGCAACCUGUUGACCAACUGCGCUACGGUCACCCGAGAAUCAGACAAUCGCAUCACUGCCACGGAUUGUCUGAAUGGAACCCUUUUGGAACACGACACUUUGCCCGCUCCCUUCAUGAACUUCACCCAGUUUUGGACAAUCUAUGAGAACAGCACCAGAUCAGUGGAUCCCGAGCAGAGGUACUUGCCCAACCAGGCCAACCUGACCAUUUUCAGCUGGAAGAAACUGUUCAUCAACCUGGAGGGUUGCGUUAACACACUGAAAGGGGAAUGCAAAGACUUUGUGGCUCGCUAUGGCAACGAUGGCGACAACAACACCGCCCAGUCACGCUACCAAUGUUAUUAUAACAAGGAUUCGAAUGUGGAGUUUGUGGUGGUACGCUAUGACUUGGAUAAGGUUUACAGGGAGCUCCUGGUAUCGCUGAUAGUGCCCAUUGUGCUGUUUGUGGUGUCCUCUAUUUCUCUUUGUAUCAUUACCAAGUCCGUCAAGGUGGGCGACGAUGCCAAGAUGCGUUGUGUUUGUGCCGGUGACGAGUCGGAUAACGAUGAGGUAUUUGGCACGGGAAUGGUAAACAAGCAGCAGGAUCAGAUGUACGAUACGGACGACGAUGUGGUUGAUCUGGAACACCAGGCCGUAGGUGGUCAAGAGCUGUCGGAUCAUGGACUUCCGCUGGACAGUCACGGGAUGAUCGGCAGCACAAAGUCGCUGAUACCACUCAGUCCCACCGGAGAUUCGGGAGCCAGUGAGCAGAAUUUCGACCAGGAUCAGGAGAAGGCUACCACGUGCGAUGUGCCGGAGAAACCACUAGUCAUACUUUAAGCGGAUUACCCUCAACUUGCAAGGCAAGUUUCGCAUUGAAAAAAAAGGAUUCCAAAGAGGAUUACUCCUGGAAGACCAUAUAAAACAGCACCAAACUUUAUGGACCUGUGCAUUGUACAAGGGGAACUGAAUUUAAAUUCUACUCAGCGCAUUUAUACAACGUUUACACCAACUAACAGAGGAACAGUUCUUUACUUUUCUUGGUUAAAUAAGAAUAAUCACACAUAUAUAUACUGGUUAGGUAUGAACAACGAGAAGAUGGCCGAGCUUUAUUUACCCGAUCCCCAUUCUAAUAGUUCCAGCAGAUGCGCCUUAGACAAAGUUGCAUUUAUAUAGAGCAUAGAGCAUAAACCAACUGACAUCUGCUGAACGAAAAAAACACCAGGACAGGCCAAAGAAGCAGCCUCCUCUAGAAAAAAGGACAUAGGCAUCCGAAUCGCCUUAACUCUCGACUUUGUAGCUAUGCAAUAUUCAACGUUUUCUUAAACUAGUUUAACCAAUGGAGCAGCAGUAUCUACUUAUAUCUGAUAUACUUAUACUCGUAUUAUAGCAAAUAAAACACCAUUUGGAAUUCUCUCU